GGGGCGUGUGGCGUGAGCGAGCGGCCGGUGGGCGCGCCCGCUGCGACGUUGCGGAGGCUUCAAGAUGGCGGAAGCCCUAACAACUCAGGAGCAGCUGGCUGUGGAGGAGUUCCUGAGUGAGGUGCGUAGCAGGGAGCAGCCUCACAGCGCUGGGCUCGUCUCCCAACCUACAGCUGUUAAGUUUCUUAUGGCCCGCAAGUUUGACGUCUCCAGAGCCAUCGAUCUAUUCCAAGCGUACAAGAACACAAGAAUCAAAGAGGACAUCAUCAAUAUAGACCCUGACGAGGAGCCCCUACGCUCCGAGCUGCUGUGUGGGAAAUUUACAGUCUUGCCCGGCCGUGAUGCAAAGGGUGCAGCUCUAGCGCUUUUCACUGCCCGCCUUCAUCGACCAGACGUCACCACCCACAAAGCUGUGCUGCAGGCCAUCAUCUAUCAGCUGGACAAAGCCAUAGAGAGUCUCCAAACUCAGAGAGAUGGUCUGAUAUUUAUUUACGACAUGACCAACUCCAGUUACGGGAAUUUCGACUACGAGCUGUGUGUCAAGAUUCUCAAUUUGCUCAAGGGAGCGUUUCCAGCUCGUCUAAAAUGCGUCUUCAUCGUGUCGUCGCCUCUUUGGUUUCGGGCGCCGUUCGCCGUUCUCCGCCUCUUUGUGCGCGAGAAGCUGCGGGAACGGGUGUGCACAGUGAAAGCCCAUGAGCUGCCCAGUCAUAUCCCGGUGUCCUCUCUGCCCGAACACCUGGGUGGGACGUCCAUGUACAGCCACGUGGCCUGGAUCCAGUCCUGCGUUAACGCGCACACAAACACUGUUCAGGGUGACACACAAGAACACGACACACACGACUGCGUGGGAAGCUUGUUGCGCUCCUACAGCUUAGAGUACAGCAAUGCAAGCAACGCAGGUGCAACCCACAUAAAAACGCAUCUAGGUUCCGAGCUAGCCGUGGCUAACUCUAACUGCUACGACGACAGCAAUGCUAACCCACACAACAACUGCGGCGUAGUGGAGGGCAGGACUCGAGGCGUAGGCCAGUACCAGCAGAACCCGAAUUCCGCUGCGGACAGGUCGCAGGGGAACCACCAACACUGGAACGGCUCGGCGGUGAGCGGCGCCAACGUGCCCGGCUCCAACCCCAACGCUAACAUGAACGGCCGCGGGUGCCAAGCUCCCCCCCAGUCGGGCACUCCCCCCGACACGCCUCACUCGCAGAAAGGCGACGGGGAUGCGGUCGACGGCAAGGUGAAAGACUCCGCCGACAGGUCCGAGAUCGAGGGCGUGAAUGAGGAAGGCGAAGAGGAGGAAGGGGUGCCUCCGUUGCCUCAAAAAUCUCUGCCCCGCCCACCCCACCUGCCAGCCUCACAGUCCCCGCCCCUGUCCUCGUCGUGGGGUCCCGACGACGAGAACCGCCCCGUGGAGAUGUCUGUUCACAUGCCCGAGCGGGGAGGCAUGACGGUACACGAACUCGUGGAGUAUGUGAAGAGGAAGAAGAAGAAGGGGAUCUAUCAGGAGUAUGAGGAGAUCCGUAAGGAGCAACCAGCGGGCACCUUUGACUACUCAAAGAAACUGGCCAAUCAGAUCAAGAACAGGUACAGUGAUGUUCUCUGCCUGGACCAUUCACGAGUCCGACUCUGCCAGCUCAGUGAUGACGAGGACGAGACAUCAGAUUACAUUAAUGCCAGUUUCAUGGAUGGGUACAAGAGGAGCAACGCCUACAUCGCUACUCAGGGUCCUUUGCCAAAAACGUUUGGUGACUUCUGGCGGAUGGUGUGGGAGCAGAUGGUACUGAUCAUCGUCAUGACCACCAGGGUGGUGGAGCGUGGGCGCAUCAAAUGCGGUCAGUACUGGCCUCUAGAGGAGGGCAGGACUGAGCAGCAUGGAUACUUCCUGGUCAGGAACACAAACAUCCAGGUGUUUCAGGAUUUCAAACUCUCCAGUCUUGAACUUUAUAACACACAGUCUGGAGAGAGACGAAACGUGUGCCACUACCUCUACGUCAGCUGGCCGGACUUCGGGGUUCCUAAGAGCGCCUCCGCUAUGUUGGACUUCCGUGAACACGUACUUCAGAGGAGGGAGGCUGCAGUCCAGUCCCUGGGAUCCAGCUGGAAGGGGUCUCCGGGGGGCCCGCCUGUGGUCGUGCACUGCAGCGCCGGCAUCGGCCGCACAGGCACGUUCUGCACGUUGGACAUCUGCCUGUCCCGGCUGGAGGACAUCGGCACGGUGGACGUGUGCGAGACCGUGCGGCGGAUGCGUAAGCAGAGGGCUUUCAGCAUCCAGACCUGGGACCAGUAUUACUUCUGCUACACGGCGGUCAUCGAGUACGCCCAGCGGCGCGGCAAACUGAGCCCGGUGCAGUGGUCCGACUCGGACCUGGAGACUGACAGCGAGUGAGGGACGCGCCGAGGGAUGACCGUAUUAAAAAAAAAAAAAACGGGACAGUCGGCAGAAGACGUGGAAAGAAAAAGAGCGAUGAGCGGGGCUUCAGAAAACAGAAACCGGGAGGGGAGGUUUACUCUUCUGCCCCCCGAAAGAAAACACGACGGACUCCCCCGCAGUUGCUCUUCCUUCAUAUCAGUGCAAAACGGAGGGGACGAAGAGCUGGAGAGGAAAAUGCGACGCGGUUGAGACUUUGCGUUGCGUCAUUGACGAGCAAGCUGGCCUGCCAAUUUCCGAGCCCCCGCCCCCCCCCCCCAACCCCAACCCCCCCUUUUUUUUUUCUUUAUUUAGCAAACUACAGGGGGACUUGGCCUGCCCUGAACCGGUGUUGUUGACAAAAAGCGUUGUACGAGUUGUAGCAUUUUUAUAUUGACUUGCACAUGACGAAUGACAAACUUGAACUUUACCCCUUGAAGCCCUCCAACACCCACCUCCUCCCCCCCCCCCCCCCCCCCCCCCCCCCCUCCUCCUCCAGUCUUUGUUUGUUUUGAUUUUUUUUUUCUCGUUCCCUCUCAGCUCUGAACAAGUCUGUGACUGCAGAUGAAAUGUGAGGGGUGUGACGGGGUGAAACUUGAAAACUUUUUGUUUUGUGUUUUUAUUUCGUUUCAGAGGAAAUGGUUCUCAGUGAGAGAGUGGUUAUAAGUUACACAUCAGUGUGUGAGCCAUUUGGUCCCUUUUUUUUUUUCUUUUUGUUGUUUUUUUUUUUUUUUUCUAUGGUGCAUUUUUCUAUGUGUGUUUCAUAUUUUUGCAUAUGUAGACUAACUUUUCAAAAGCCAAAGUCCUCACCCUGAAUGCUUGGAUGUACUCCUUACUGAGAUAUUAUAGACUGAAGCCCGUGUAUAUUCUUGUAACAUACAUUUAUACAUUAUUGUGCAUAAUAACAAACCUCUGGAAUAAGAGCAAAAACGAGAAAAAAAAAAGAAGAAGAAGAAGAAAGCCUUGUUUAAUAUGAUUGACUUAACCUUUAGAGAAAAGGAGAAUCCUAUGUAGCGAGCCAGGCUAUGACAAAAUAACAGGUGAGUGUUCUGGUUUUAAACCGCUAUCGCAAAGUCUGACAUCACCUUUACUGUCGGAGCGUUCUGAUGGGACGAUCUUGAGUAAUUUGGCCUUAACUUGAUUCACUGCCUCGUCGUUUUCAGACCUGAACCAUAUCUUAAAACUGUACACUUUUAUUCCCUUUCCCCCUCCCUCCUCCCUCCCUUUUGAUUCCCGAUCUCUUGAUACCACAACCGUUGUGUUCGACUCUCGAGGCGCAUCCCCGCCUCAGAUAAUUGUGCCUUCACGUUUUUUCCUCAGCUCGACGUCUCGCUUGGUAUAGUAUUAACACCCAAACUAGUGCACUUGCAUAGUUCACAUUAACUACGUGUCACGCAGGACACCCACAUUUUGCCUAUAGUCCUGUUCGCGGCACGCUACUUAGAAAUAAGAAGGAAGCAGUGAGUUAUCUGGGAGUACGCUCUGGUUCGAGACAUGGCUAUUCUUUUAUCAUUUGACCUCAGGGGGUAAUUCUAGUGUUUUUUGCCUAGUGUCAAAGAUCCAUUUCUGGGUUUGCCUCUGGUAAAUUAUCAUUUAAGGAAAAAAAAAAAAAAAAAAGUAUAUCAACUUUAUUUUGUAUUUUUUACUGUAUUGUAUCCUACUGUAUUUAUGUCUUUGUACAACUUCUACAAUAUUGAAAAAAAAAAUAUCAGUGAAUGUUGGUACGAUGCUACAAAGAAAACAGACCAGUUGUUGCAUUUCAUAAGCUGAACAAAUCGGAUGGGGAGUGAAAUAUAAAUAUAUAUAUAUAUACAUACAUAAAUAUAUAUAUUUUUUGUUGUUCUCUGUGAGGUCAGUUUGGAACUGACUCGUGUAAAUGGUUAUUGCUCAAUUUUAGGACAAUACGGGGGGGGAUGUGGGUGAGCUAACAGUUGUGGUUUUUUUUUUGUUUGUUUUAGAAAGAUCGUCAAACUCUUAACAGUGACAUUAACAUCCGGCUGUUGUCACCUAUGCCAAGGACAAAGCAAAAAAAAACAAAAAAAAAAAACACGAUGUAUCAAAAGAAGAAAACAGCUUAAAAACUCAAGUGGAUGCCAUUUCUGUUCAUAUAAAUAUAAAUAUAUAUAUACCUGUAUUAGAAUGAGUUUAUCAGCAUGGAAAGAGAGCCUUGAAUGUUUUUUGGGGUAACGGUGUCCGAGCAAUUUAGACAUAUGUUGAUGUUUCGUUUGGUGAAUGUGGACCCUGCAUCCCUCAAUGCCAAAGGCCCAGGCUCACCCUAAAGGUUUAGUUUUAUUUCCUGUCACACACACACACACACAUCCUCAACAGCCUACUAAGCAUGGACCUACCGGUGCAGCCUCGUACCCACGGGCACAGGAAGACUCUGCAGCACCUCGGGGAACAGUACUAAUAAUUAUGUAUAGACGAGGAGAGGGGAGAGCGCGUGAUGUUGGGAGGCGUAGAGUUUUGGUCCCUGUGCUACUCUUAAUUUGUUUUCUAAGAAACUGAGAAUGCAACAUUCACGUGUGAUUGGUGUUCAUUUAAUGUUUCUUUCUGUGCUUUUAAGUUCAUGUGAUUUGAAUUAUGGCCUUUUAGAUGCUGUCAGCCCAGCUGUCCCAUUAAAGCAAUGGUCUUAAUACAUGGAUGAA